AUGCAUUUAGCUAUUCAAGAUGGUGUAAUGUAUAAGUUUUAUAGCGAUAACAUCACCUCCUGGUUAGACGGCCAGAGGCAAUGCAUAGAAGAGGGCGGGCACCUCGUCACCUUGGAAACCGACCGCAAGUGGGAGUUUGUAAAAGAAGAAAUUCAAAAUCUUUCUAAUACAGCAGCUGAUGAGUGGUUCAUUGGCUUAUCAAAUAGGUCUUCUGAAAAGAAUAAUUGGACAUGGGUCACUGGAAAACCGCUGACCAAUCCACACUGGCAGAGUGGGCAGCCUACUGGUGACGGACUAUGUGUGGUUAUUGCCAAACAAUACCCUCAAGGAACAUGCGGGCUCUUCAAUGACUUGAAAUGCACUAUCAAGAAAGGAUUCAUUUGUGAAGAACAGAUCUCAUUUACAGGUACACGCAGCAUACAGUAACAAUUAUAAUCAUCAUCACUGUGAUCAUCAUCAUCAUUAUCAUCAUCAUCAUCAUCAUCAUCAUUAUUAUCAUCAUUUGAUAUCAUUAGAAAAUUGUAUAUGUAAAUUGUAAAUUUUAAAUAUCUUAUUAUCCACUCCCCUCGGGGCUUUUCAGGGAUAAUUUACAACAAUGGUUGGGGGACUUUGCCAGACUGCUUAGGUGCAGUUUACAAGUAAUGAAGGAAUGAGUAAUGAUGCCCCCAUACAUGAGUGUGAAAGUGAGAUAGACCACUACACCGGGCAUGUAGUACCUUAUUCUUUACGAAGAGUGUGUGGGUUCUUUAACGUCCCACAGAUUUUUUUAUUACACGUGCAAGGGCUUGUGAGACGGGACCUACGGCCUACUUAUCCGAGAAUACUAGAAAGUCUAACCGUUUGCAGAUGUUAUUACAAAGGCAGCACUUUCUCCUCAGUUAUUUAAAGACUCUGAGUGUUGGUCCUGCCGGGGUUUGAACACGCGACCUCCCGCUCAGCAGACCAGCGCUUAUCCCAUUGAGCUAACUGCGCGGGUAGCAGUAAUAUUAAAAAAAUCGUCAUGUGGUAAGCUGAUACCCUGUUUUGACAGCUGUCAAUAGACCAUAACAAUUUUAUGCAUAUGAAAUACCAGGUUUAAGUUUCAACACUAGCUAAAAAGAUUGUCAGUUCAGAUUGGUUUCCUUGAGGCGCGGACGGACGGGUGGACGUUAGUUCGGUCACGUGACUUCCGAAAUUUCUUGGAUGGAUGUAUAAGCAAAUGUUUCUCCCAUUCAAUAUAGCAACCAAGGAUUAAAGAAAGAACUGUUUUUCACAGGUAAAUAGGGUACUGGCUGCUGUACAAGAUCAUGGUUAACUGGCCAUGCUUCCAGAGAGCAAAGGCCGCCUACUCAUUUAACAAUUAACCUAAAAAAAAUCUACAUUUGUUACCAUUGCCUGCUGCCGGCAAGGAAAAGCCCCCUAAUUGUAGGAAACUUGAUCCCUCUCGAAUCAGCGCAAGGAAGCACAUAACUCCUCAAGGGAGAACUAGGCUAACACAAAAAAAUGAAAAUAUCAGCAAGUCCGCAGCGACAAACCGUUGAGUGGUGCCGGAUCUCCUAGUUGUAGACCUGGAUCAGUGCAAUAGCAACUGGUAUAAAAUAUAAAAAGGCAAGCUAAUCCUUACGGCAAGGCGAUGAACAUGUAAACAAAUGAAUAAAGCCAAAAUAUAUAUUUAAACUAAUUUGGCCAAUAUUUCGUUUUGAAAGAUAAGCCUUCUUUAGGGGCUAAAAGAAGAAUAUGGAUAAAAUUGCAAAUCCAAAAAUCUUAUCUGUUUAAUUCAAUGUAAGAUGCAAAUGCUUGUACAUCGGUGAGACUAAACGCUAAAUUAACGAACGAUUUGGGGAGCACCACCGAUCCAUCUUAACCACCAUCAACACGGCGAUCCCGCUCCUCUCUCCCUGCAUUUCAAUACUGUUUUCAAUCAAUCUGGACAUUCAAUCAACCACGUUUUUCUCAUUUUUCUUGAACUCAUACGCAGCGACCGCGACGCAGUGAGACAGGGUUUGGAGGCUCACUUAAUACACAAAGGGAAACCAUUGUCUACUCUAGGAGUAAAUAGACGUGACGAAGUUCGUUGAUAUACGAUACUACCUUGUCAAAUACACCAAUCACAAUCUUUUGCUUUAGUUUUAUAUUUUCAAACCCUUAUUAGUAACGAACUUUCAGUUUCAUCUUCAUAUUUUUUAGCCCCUGAAGAAGGUUUGUCUUUUAAACCGAAAUAUUAAACCAAUUUUUUAAAUAUGCAUUGUUUGAUUGUUCAUUUUAUGUUUUAUACCAAAAAUUAAGCUUGCAAUACAGCAGCCCAAGUCAAGAAGAACUUCCUUCAAUAGAGCGUUUUCACAUGACGUCACGGCGGCCAUAUUGGUGUUUCGAAACAAAAAAACUGCGGCCAUGUUGGUGUACCAAUAAACCAAUCCUGUGGGAUUUGAACUCUUCUCUUUAAUAUGUAAACGCAAUAAAGUUGCCACGUGAGUGAAAACACUCUAUAAAAUCCCGACUAUACGCAAUGUAACCAUGUCAGUGACGUGAAAACGCAAUUUUGUGCUAUUUACGAGGCCAUUAUCUCGAGUGCGCGUGGAGCUACACUAUAAAAUCACGAGGGAAUGAUUUUGUAACUUGAAUUUUGAUUAUCUCACAUGGAAACUAUCACUUGCAUAUUAAAUCAAGCAACUCAUUUGAAGAAAUGUGUAGGAGUGUAAAUGGUCAUGGGGGGUUGGGGUAGCGGGGGGAGGCGGAGGGGGGCGUCUGAACUUGGGGACUAUGUCGAGGAUAAGCAGUGAGUGACUGUAAAGGACCAUCAGUAAAAAAGCACUUCAAGGGUUGUCAUACCUGCCAUUGCAGCCAUUGUGUCAUUCAGCAUAUUCUAGAAUGAAAGAUUACUCACUCACUCAAUUCUCUUCUUUCCGGCCCAUUAACAUGCAUUACCAUACCAAAACACAAAAGAAAAGAAUUUAAACCAAGGGUACAGUUAAAUCACAAGAUAUAUGCCACUUGCACAUAUCUCCAAUAAUACACCUUAUUUGCCACCCAAAAGUUUGCAUAAGCAUUGUUUUCAAUUUCUCUUGGGACGGCUGUAAUACCCAGGAGAAAUGAAAAACAAGGUUAUGCAAAAUUUUGGGGGGCAAAUAAGGUGCAUUCUGGGAGAUGUGCGAGUGGUGUUUACACUGUAAGCAACUGAAAGUUUUUACGCAGUGAUCUGUUCUAUGCCAGGCAUUGCUCAAUCAUGUUACGCAACGUGAAUAUGUGGCCACAACUACUUUUGUGUAGAAUAACAGUCGUCACUAAAAGAUAAACGCCUUCAGUAUUCCAAAAUUUAACAGGAGUUGUACCAGAGAACUGCACCUGCGCCUAUUCCGUAGUCAUGGUAACCGUUGGGGCGCCACGGACCUAGCUUCAACCAUGUCUACGCUAAUUGGUUUCUACUGACCUAUUUUAUCGAUGUAUGAAAUAUCUUUGCAAAAGAAAGCUUGUGUGCAGUUUAAGUUAACAACAAGCAAGAUGUCUUUCAUAGCUGCUUACAUCAGGAUUACUAGCUCUUUAUAUAAUCUCGAAAAAUCUUUGUACUGCAACAUUGACGCAAUAUCUAUCAAUAACGACCUUUUGUCACACUGUGAUAGAACUGUGAGAUAUUACCGCAGGGUGGAAAUCAGAUUACCUCAGUGAGAUUUCAUUCAAGAAAGAACCGAAUUAAAGCCCUCGUUUAUUCUUAAGAUAAAAUUGCUGGAGAGCAUUUUAUUGUUAAUAACCCUGAGUAAAAAAGGUUAAUCAAUCUCACGACUGAUAGAACCCUGCAAAUACAGUACUCUUUAAGCAGAACAGUUUUGUAUCAAUUUUGUGGUAAAUGAUGUUUGUCAUGGACACCACAUGAAACUGUGAGUUUUCUUUUUAAUUAGGCCUUUCUUUACUGUUUUGCAUUGACAGGGAUUUAAUAAAUGAAUACGAUUAUUCUUCUACAUCCGAUUUAAGCCAGUGGAUUAAUUUGUUAUGGCAUGACUAAAGACGCAAGUCUCGUUUGACCGUUCCCAAGAAAACCGUAACAACCGGUGAUUAUAGAAUGAAUAUUUAUCGCAGUUGUCGGUAAAUAUGAAAAUUCAACAAGGAGACGUUUUUGUGUUAGUAAUUUCCGAAUAUAAUAUUAAAAUUCAUUUCAUUUGGAAAAAAAGGGAUAAAUUUUGUAUCAUUUCAUGUUCUCUUACAAUUUCUCAAGAACCCAGGGAAACAAUGCCGGCAUUGAAUGUUGUAUGAAAAGCUCUUUUGAGAAAGACCACUGUCAUUUUCAAUAUAAACAGACAAAGUAACUAAAUCAGCUUUGUUUAUCUUUUUCUGCAGCUUCGCACCUCAAUAUGGACGCUAUUAUGCACGAACAAUUUGCGGAGAAAACCGAAAAAGCCGAACAAAGUGUAUUUGAGGUUUCAGCGAGCUUUUAAAAGUAAAUUAUGUGACUGAAAUUAAAUGGCCGGGAUUUAACAAGAGCUAACAAGCCAUACAUCGACGAAAACAAAAGAGAGAGAGAGAGGCAGUGCUUUAACAGACAGUUCAUUAGCACAAUACUGAAAUACUGAUAAAAAGUCAACACCCCGUCACACACUCGCAAUCUAAUUGGUCGCCAGUUAAAUUGACUUCCACUUAAUUCAAAUAUCUGGCAGAUUGACAGGCAGAUGGUAGAACAAGGCAAUGAUGGAACCUCAUGACUACAAUCCAGUCAGUGAAGGAAAACGGUAUCUUAGCGUAAUACGAGCGCGCAUAUUGGGCUCGGGGCACGAAAGCGUCCAAACUGUGCUUCUGACUAAGAUAAAAAUUUUCUUUUGAUAUGAGGCGAAUGCGUUGUAGUACUGUACUGUAUCUUUUCUUGCUUCAGGUUAGUGUUCUCUCGCAUGCAAGAUUUUUUGACUGAUAUUUAAAAGUACGUUUUUGACUUUUUAAUAACCAUUUAACUGCAGAUUAUUUUACCGUCUCCUUCUUCGCUGAAAGGUAAGCAGCAUUGAUCUUUUUUUUUUUUUCUUUUUUGAAAGAUAACUUUUUUAGUUCAUGUUUUAUAUAAAUCCUAAACCUGAACGUAUGAACGGAUUUUUGUUAUUUUUUUAAUAAUAACACCCCUGUCGGAUCAUCUGCUUUUGCGAUGAAAAUUUGGGAAAAACUUAAAGAUCAAACAAUGAAACCACUACAUGUAGCAACUUUUAAGAGUCGCACAGGACAAGGAAAACAUCUCGAGCGGUCGAUAUCGCCUGAUCAUGCCGAAAUAAAGACCGACAUUAUUACCCUUGUACUAUUUUAGCUAAGCGACUUGUCAGACAGUCGUGCCGGUUUAAACGGUUCAAGCAUUAAGCAAUUUCUAAGGGUCUUGUAAGCGAAUACUUAUGAGUUCAACAAAUGAAUGCUGUUUCCCAAUUGAAAUAAGCUGCUUUCCUAAAGCCAGUCGUCCGACUAGUUUUAUGAGAUGUAAUUGAUAAAUAGACUAAGAAUAGUAACGGGCGGAGUUUGUUUCAGAUACCUAUUCCGUUUUGGUCAAUACACGAAGUAAAGUUUUGUGAUUUUGAACUUUGUGUUAAGGCUAUUGAACUAAGUUCUGAGACUCUACCUGCUAAGAAACUGAAUUAAUCACAUAAGGAUCUGUUGAAACGGAGAAGGAACUACUGCUCGCUAAUAAAGCAAUUAAGGGAACUUUUCUUGAAGGUUUUAACUUGAAGUUUAAGCGUCAUUCCACCGGAAUCAUUCUGACCACUCUGUCAUUGAAGAGCAAUUACAUGUCCCGCAAAAUGACGAAGUAAUUUCUUUUAUCCUAUAAAAAACAAACUGAGGAAACGAAAAGUAGAAAAUUACUUUUCGGAAUCUUCAUUCUUCAGUCUUUUUAAUUCUAGCUUACAAUAAAUUCCUCUGAUUAAUUUUGAUUCCAACUGGAAAUUCCGGGCGGUUGGUCAGUUUCGAAUAAACAUUUAAAGAUAAAAUUCAAAUUUCUGUUGUGUAUUCAGAACUGAGAUCUGAUUAAAUUCAAUAAUCCGCGGAAUAAUCAACAAAUGGGGAGGAAGAUAGUUAGAAUAUUUUCAAUGUUUUAAAAUGACUUGAUGGUCCCACAGGCCUAUUUCUCUUUAUUUUAAAUCUUAUAGUCUGACUUGUUUUACUUUUGACAUGAUUUUGAGGGGCAUCCAAUAAUUUACACCAACAAAAAGCUAAAUCUGCUCGCUAGAUUAAAUGAGUAGGUUUUUUAUUGAAAAGAAUGGGAUUUCAUAAUUAAAAAAGAACCGAACGAAAAUUUCAGUUGUUACAAUUUGAUGCACACAUACUUUAUAGAAAGCAUCAUAUCAAACAGGCUCGGAUUAUGUUGCCUUAUUUAAAACGAAAUUAUUUUCAUUACGUGCCUGAGAUAUUUCAUUAGUUCUAACGAGAGUUUGCAUAUCAUAGCUGACAAGUUGCUUAAUUUCGGAGAUGACCAUUGUGCUUAAUAACCUAGAAAAAAACGCAUUUUAAAAAGUAGAGCUGAUAACUAUUGGUUGCCACUGGCCUCUUUGACUACAUAAUAUAUUAGUAUAUACACACUCAGUGAUCUUGGUGUUUUAAGCAAUCUGAUUGGUUCGCUAUCUCGGGCUAUUCAACAAUAUUCACCUCCGAGCGAGUGGAUAAUGCGUAAUUCGUGAUCUUCAAAACAAAAACAAAAUGGCAGGCGUAAACUCGCGUUUCGCUCAAGUUUCAGAAGCAGAAAUUUUACAAAUACAAGACGAGGCUGUGCCUGAGAAUACAAAAAAGGCAACUAAGUAUGGACUGAAAGUUUUUAAAGGUAAGAGAAGACUCGAAAGUGUUAAAAAGUGUUUCUGGUUUUAUUUUGCUGACAACUGCCAAUAAGUUUGAGUGACAUUCAUAACUCUUCACAUCAAAAAUUUGUUACAAUAUGAGUAAAUUCUUUGUAGAUUGGUUUUCCCAGCAAGAAGAAUUUACCACAGAUAUAGAAGAGAUGAACAAGGAGGAGUUAAAUAAAUGCUUGCGGAAAUUUUACAUGUCUGCAAGAAAACAGGACGGAGGUUACUACAACAAAGCAACGCUUACCUCGAUCAGAGCCGCCAUUGAUCGGCACUUGCGCAACGAGCCACACAACAAGCCAUUUUCGAUAAUUAGCGACAGCCAGUUCACGGAAGCGAACAAAGCUCUAAAUUCGUUUCUGAAAACUCUGAGCAAGUCAGGUCAAAUUUGUUCUACUGUUCACAAACCCGCACUAACGACCGAAGCAGUUUCAAAGCUCUACGAAGCCGGCGAGCUAGUAGAUGAAAGAUGCCACGAUCCACAAAAGCUGCAGCAAACAGCGUGGUUUUUUAUUACCCUCUACUUUGGUCGAAGAGGAAGGGAAAACCAGCGUCAAUUGACAAAAUCAAGCCUAAAGCUCUCCAAAACCCCAAAUUCCGGCCUGGAAUAUUUUGAGCUUAACAGAGAAACGCCAGGAGGAGUCUUUUCAACCAAAAAUCACCAAGGUGGUCUAGACGGCACCGACGACCCAUCUGAUGGUAAAAUGUUCGAAGGCAAAGGGCUUGCUAACUGUCCAGUAGCAGUAGUGAAGGCUUACCUGUCCCAUUUAAAUCCAAAAUGUGAAGCACUCUUUCAGAAGCCCUUAACUGGUGCUAAAUUUAAACCGUCUUCUGAUGUCAUUUGGUAUUCAACACUUCCUCUAGGCCAUAACACGAUCGACAGCAUGAUGAAGAAUAUGUGCCUCCGAGCUGGUAUCGAUCCUCCUUUCACAAAUCACUGCGUCAGGUCGACCACCGUAAAUAUUUUGUCUUCUAAAGAUAUGAAAAAUCGCCACAUCAGAGCAGUCACGGGCCACAAAAGCGAUGCAAGUUUGGAAUCCUACAACGAUCGUCCAACGUUCGAGCAGUUUAAGAAUAUGUCUUCGGCGAUUACAGAUUUCAUCAACUUCUGCAGACCUGACCAUCAAGUCGCCAUUAACCCGCUAGCAGAGGUGAAUCAUUCUCCCUUAGAGACAGUAUCCAAAGAAAUUCACUCAAGCAAAUCCACAAAUGUCCAGGAGAACAUUUUUGUUCAAGAAAACAUGUCGACCAACGCUGCACAUGGCAUCAUUUCUGGUGGCUCCUUCUCCAACUGCUCGUUCAAUUUCAACUUUAAGUAAACUUUGAAAGAGGAUUUUGGAUGUUUUUUUCAGUCCAGACUAUUGAUUUAGGCUUUCCGUAAGGCCAUUUUGAGCAUUUUGAAAACACUUUGUAGAAAAAAAGCUCGAGCAGAGAUUUACCACGUUUGAACUUUCUGUAAAUAACCCUUGCGCAUGCACUGUGCAUUCAUCACGCAUGAAUUGACGUGUCAAUAAAUUGCCUUUAAAUGGCUUUUUUUAAAAUAUUGUCGAGAUCACUUCGUGUGUAUAUACUAAAACAAUUAUUCUUUUCAAUCUCGGUGAAUAGUGGCUUUAAGAAUAUUUACCUCGCCGCUUUCGCGGCUCGGUAAAUAUUUUGCCACUAUUCACCUCGAUUUCAAAGAAUAAUUGUUAAAUGUAGCAAAAAAGAGAGCAUUAUCGAGAUAUUAUUUCAAGUAGCUGUUAUCACGGUAAUAACGUAAAUAAUGUACGAGCGCUUAAGUGUGUCACAAUAGGGUUUGAGCACCUUUGAGCACUACUCCACAUCUCAUAACUAUGUAUAAGUGAUAUGAAGCCAUAUUGACAGAUGUAAUUUUCAUUUCUUUGACAUUAACGGAUUACCAUUCAACCGUUAAUGCAACCUGCUAAUGACGCUCACCAUUUUAAUUUCAACUUGGGCGGUUUUAUCUAAAACAAGGCUAAUACGCCUUUUCUUGCAUAUCGUUUAGUGCUUCUUAGAAGCGCUGGGAUGAUACAUCUUCGUAAGGGGUUUUAAGAGCGCUUUUAAAAGGAUGGGCUUAUGUCCGAGCGGGCUUACAACCGGAAUGGAAAAAAAGCUUGGAAACAGUCUUGAUAAAAUGCGUUUAGCUUUUUAUCAAGUUUUUAGUUACUGCUAGUCCUCUAUUAGGCCUCCCGGGACUAAUUUAUUCCAAACACAUUCAGGGGUGGUGGCUUAUCUAAUUUAACAAACACGAUGGUAUCAGUUCUCUAUAAAGAACUUAAGAAUGCAAAGUGGAAAAGCUCAAGUACAAGAGGGUUGGAGGUCACACAGCCGAGGAUCAGAAUCAAAUACCAACUUCCAGUUGGUGAAUUAACCAUCCUGGAUCAGUCCACACGACGUUUGACAGUCCUGAUUGAUUGAUACAGUCUCUUAUUUAUUAGUGAAGAAUAAUUAGGGGAGGGGAGGUUGGAGAGUUAAAAGAGAGGGGGGUGCUUAUUAACUUUCUUCCCCUCAAAAGGGAAGGGGGGGACUAAUUUGAGAGGGGGGCUUAAUAGAAGAUUUAAGAUAAGCUUCAACAAUGUCAUAAUAUAUCGAAUGCAUUUCAAUACAUUUGGAAGGGAUUUAAAAAAGGGGUAGUAUAUUGGAGUUGAGGACGGGUGCAAUCACCAAAUGACCGUAAUACAAAAGACUGAAGACGCAGAGCACUAUCCACAACAAAACACAAAAGUGAACCAACAAUGCAUGGUUGUCUUAACACCAAGAAACACCCUUAAUCGGAUGUAUAUUUUUAUUUUCAGGUAGAUGGGCCUAUAUCUAGUGCCUUAUUUUGUAAAAAAAAGUUUCAAAAUAGACCUUUCAAGGUUUGGUUGCUUGUCUAGCUACCCUUUCUCGCACCUCGUUAUUUUAACGAAAAAAGAUGUUUUUUUAUGUGUUUUUUUUAUGUAAUUUUAACCCAUUAUCUUGAAAAUGCCACUUGAAUUGACAUGGGUGAGGCAAUUUCACGUAGUCGAAACCUAGUUAGUUUGUAAUUACAGUCUUUAUUCGUCCCAGACUCCUGAAGGCGUUCGUCAGGGUAACGAGGGCUCUUGGUACGAUGUUAAUCUCUACUGAUUGUUAAACUCUUCGAGUUACAAAUUACUUUGUACAUUACCUCGCUGACAGUGAAAUAUAUUUUUGCGCUUUCUUUUAAAUGUCCUGCCACUAUUCACCACAAUUUCAAAGAAUAAUUAUUAAAUAUUGUGGAAAUUAAUUUCAUUUUAAAUUACAGUCUAAGAAUACUGAAAUAGAUUUUAUCUUAUAUUUUUUUAGAAUCUGAUAAAGUUUUUUAUGAGAGAUGGUUGAAAAUCCCAGGGAAUGACAUCAAAGCAUUGACGACAAAUCCAGCUUUUCAAAAAGCUGCUACCAAAAGUGGAUAUAUCUCAAGAUUUAGACAUCAAAUAUACGCAACAGAUUAUGGUGCUCGAUAUCGUUCUUAUCUACUCGCCAAAGAGACGGGAAAUUACACUUUCUACACAUUUUGCGAUGAUACCUGUCAGUUCUUUAUCAGCGGAGAUAUGAACCCUAGAGGAAAGAAAAUGAUUAUCAAUCAAACUACUAACGUUGGGGAUGCACCUCAGAACUGUUGCAAGUAAGACAGUCUUUUUUAUUUACUUUUGUGCUAUGGUAAGAGCAACAUAAGAAUCGUCAUCAUCAUCAUGAUCAUCAUGAUCAUCAUCAUCAUCAUCAUCGUCGUUAUCACUAUCACCAUCAUAAACAUCACUGAUCAUCAUCACUGUCAUCAUCAUCAUGGUCACCAGAUCCUUUUUCCCACCUUGUCUCCUUUGGUCUCACCCUAUUUCUCUCAGUCCCUUUAGAGGUGCGUGUAAUAGCAUUUUUCUCCCUUCGGAGCACAUUCAAUUUACUUUCAAGGUUUUCACUUGCGUGCUAAGUAGCUGUUGAGAUUCAAGCUAUAACGUUACUUUUUCGAGCGGAGGUAGCGUGUGGUCAAGCGUUUAAGAGCGCUGGAAUUGUAAUCCGGGUUCCGGAGUUGAAUCCGCGUCCUGGCCGCCAGCUGGAUUAGUCCUAGGAAGUCCUGAGUUCAAUUCCUACGUUAAUAAUACCAGUAAUUGUGUUACCACUAUAAAUUCAGAGGGCUUUUUCUCUUUAAACUGCAGAGAAGCUAUUGAGGUAAAGGAUCGUCUCACUAUGAUGGACUGUUAACUUUUUAUUGCACGAUUUUUCCCAAUUUUUCGCAGCGAUUCUACGUUACAACCCUUGCAGGUUUCCACUCCUCAAUUUCUGCAGCAGAAUAAAGUCUACUACAUCGAAGCUCUACUUAAACAAGGGAUAGGCUUUGAUCGAAUGUCAAUUGGCAUGAAAACGCCAAAUGGAACUAUGGUAAUUCCAAUUGGAAACGACUUCUUGAUAAAAAACAUAACAAAGGACUGUGAGUAUUGCUAAUAUGAUAAUAUGUUUUAAUUCAUAAACUGAGAAACUGGUAGGAGACGCCAAAAUCGUACGCGAGCCUCGAUGUCGGAGCUCGAUGCCACAAGUGAUAUUAUCGUAAAGUGUGGAAAGCAAAUUAGACUCUAGUUUGCGCGGAUCGCCCUAGCAGUCUUUGCCUAUACUUUCCUAGGGCGGCUUUCAUGGGGGGGAGGUCGUUUCUUGCGGAAUUUAAAAUAAGGAAGAGUGUAAAAUAUAUUUACCAUUUCCGAAAUCAAAUAGAGGAAAUAUACUUGUGGUCAAGCUGGUGGAUCCUUAACUUCAGGGGUCGAUCAUGAUUCGGAGAGAAGGGUCAUUACAGAAAGGCUUUCGGAACUUUACGGUAAAUUAUUUGGCAGUAACUUUUCAAUUACUUCGCGCAAAUAUUCCAAGGAAUGGGCACAAGGGAAGGAUCAGCUAACCUACGUCGGAAUCUUUAAGUCAUUCAAAUUCGAACAUCGUUACCCUGCUCGUUUUGCAAACUUGUCGACAGCUUUACGCUUUUUUUGAUAUUCACUCAAACGGGUAAUGAUUCAGCAUUUAUUUUGUGCAAACGCAAGAAUGAUGUUUCUUAAGCCAGAGACAGGGCGACUCGACAAUAAAAUUAGCACUCCCCCAUCGGAGUGGAGUCAAACUAUUACUUUCCUAUUACUUCACGUGCUUUACAUAGUCUCCUGUGGCUCAGUGGUAGAGCAUCUGUGCUGGUGGUCACACAGUCAUGGACUCGAGUUCGGAUAUAUUUUCAGAGUCGCUUUUGUAAGUUGACUAAGAAACAUCAUUCUUUGCUUUUACUUUGCACAGAAUCUUGAUAACUCGUGAUUAAUAAGAAUAAUAAUUCUUAGAAUUCCUGUUAGGUAUCGGUUAACUUUCCAGCGUUUCGUUUUCGAUUUCGCCUAAGAUCUCGGGAUAUUUUGCAUCCCCUGGCAAUUUGUAACCCAGUUUUUAAGGCUCAAGGAUAUGGCCAGUCAAGCGUAGUUUACUAAACAGUAAUUCAAUAGCUCCAUCGUUUCGCCUCUUUGACUUUAAUUUUAUUAAAUAAAAUGUCCCGUUUUUAUUGCAGAUGUUCCUGAAGAGUACUGUAGAGUAGGCAAUCCAAAUUAUCCCAAUUACGUCAAAUGCACUAAUUCUCAAUUGGUAAGGAAAUCACCUGCAGGGUUUGGAGAGGAUUUGGCGGGGGAGGGGAUCCUGAUCCCGCUUCUUUCUUACGCGAAUCCUGUAUCCCGAGCUUCUGUCAUCACUAUCCCGCGUUUAUGGCGUUUUAUUCCCAAUCCCGCAUCAGUACUUGCUUGCUUUGCGUGUAGCAGUCAAUCCCGUAUCCCUUUGACGUUUCCCGAAAACCGCACUGUAUUGUGGCCAAAUCCCGGGUCCCGGGAAUACCCUUGCAGAACCUACACCUAGUGAUAUAAUGUUUCUCAUGUCAGACGUUAACUGUUUUUAGCUGCUGAGGGUCCCGAGCAUAUUCAUUUGUUUGCUGGAUACCGUGUCAAAUAUCGCUAUUUCCCUCUUUAGAUCGAUGCCACAGUUUCGUUGCUGAACGAUCUGCUAUACCAAGUUGAAAGUGCUCGCAAUCCCACAAGUGAUUUUCUUCAGAGGAUAAUGAAGGUACAAAGUUUCUUGCAUUACUGGCUUUUCUUUUUUGAUCGUCCAUAUAUUACUCAACAUUGUUUAUAUGUUUAAGAAAUAAGAAGCUCUAUAAUUGAGACCGUUCAGUUCACUUAAUCAAAGAAAGCUAAAAUGCUCCCGUGUCCCUCCCCUUCUUUCCACAUCACUAUCCCAGGUUUCACUAUGUUAUCUAGAAUUCUUCAAGAGUACAUUAAACUUUUUCAAACUGCCUCAACAAUGACAAUUAAACGUUCACGGGUUAUAACGCAUCAAUACUGGUUUAAGCUAUAGUAGUUGACUCUGUGGUUAAAAAUGCUCCUUUACUAUGGUCAAACAUGGUUGAUCCCUGCUUAUAUCAGAGCAGUUUGACCAUGAUUUACCAUGGUCAGCUUAAGUCCAAUUUAACGUUCAUGGUUGACCAUGGUCAAACCAUAGUUAUAUCACUGCAAAAUCAAGGUAGACCAUGGUUGGAAAACCGUGUUCAACCAUGGAGAACCAUGGUUGAACAUGAUCUAUCCAUCGUUCUCUCGCCGGGGUCACGUGACGAUCGUUUAAAAUCAAAAGCCUAACUCUGGUUUUAUACGCCUUCGCCACUCCAAGCAGUACUGUAUGUAAUUCGUAUGAAUAACGUCAAAGGUAUGCUAGUGGAUCUGUUCAACAUAUGGUGGGACCUCGAUUCAACGAAGGGCCAAGGGACUGACAAAAUUUGUUCGCUAUAACGAGAUUCGUUAUGUCGAGUUUCUUUUUCAUAUAUUUUACUAUUCUUGGGGUAAAGAAAAUUGUUCGUUAUAUCGACGACCUCGUUAGAUAGAGGUUCGUUAAAUCGAGGUUCCACUCUAAUAAUAAUUUAAUAAUUUAUGAACUUAUUGUGCGCAGCUUAACAUGAGAUUGAUCAGGUGCGCAUUACAACUACAUUACUAUAAAAGAAACAAAUAAAAGAUAAUGCAUUAAAAAAUAAAAAAAUAACAAGAAUAUAUAUGCAUGCAAGUAAGAACUGAAUAUAAAAUUGCUCACCAAUAUAAAGUUUUAAAAAGAUAAGUCUUAAUACGCGCCUUAAAACUGUUCACAUUAGUAAUCGCACGAAGUUCUUUUGGAAGAGAGUUCCAGAGCCUUGGCGCUGCUACCAUAAAAGCUUUAUCACCUAACGUCUUCGAUCGAGCAGCUGGCAUAGAAAGUAAAAUACUAUCUGAAGAUCUAAGGUUAUAUAAGGACGAUUUAAAUGUUAGUAAGUCGCAUGGAUAUUUAGGAGCAAGGCCGUGAAUUGCUUUGAACGUAAUAAGCAGUAUCUUAAAUUCUAUCCAGGCUUUAAGAGGAAGCCAAUGCAGACGACGAAGAAGGGGUGAGAUGUGGCAGAACCUAGGGGCAUUACAAACUAGGCUGGCUGAGGCAUUCAAAACUCUCUGCAAUUUGUUAAGCUGGUAGUUGGGCAGCCCACACAAAAGACUGUUACAAUAAUCAACACGAGAUGUAAUGAAUGGUAUUGCACUUUAAAGUGCUUCAAAGCAUUUCUGUCUGUCGUAAAAUGCACUGUAACAAACAUGUUCAUGUAUUUCACGUAGAUCGCCGGGGAAAAGACAAGCAAAUUGCUGAAAAGUUUAAAUGACUCCCUCGUGAAGCAAAGCGUCACUCAAUCAAAUCAGGUCUUUGGUGUCGCCAGAGUAGUUGAGAAACUUGGUGAAAGCAUAGCUUCGCGUAUUACCAACUUCUCGACAGUGAUCGCUGUGAAUUCUUCAAGCCUAGGUGAGUAUUUUUAUACUACUAAACGAGAAAUUUCUGCAAUUUCAAUGGCUUAGAGCAGUGUCUCAAAUUUCAAUCGCCUAACGGCUCGUGAAAUUACGGAUAACAAUUUCUAUGAUUCAUUUGAUGCAUUACGUUAACGAGCCUAAAUCAGACAAGUUGAAUUGGAUAACUAUGCCCUUUUAUAAAAUAACUACGAUCGUACGCGCGCUCUGAUUGGCUGAGAGGAGUGUUUGCAUGAGAGUAUGUAAACAUGGUUGUGGCGUCAAGAUGUUUUGCAUUUCGCGCGCUAAUCACACAAGCACGAAUUUGAAAUUAGUUUUCAAGUUCAAAACUCGACAAGUUUACCUUAUUUACCCAUUCCUUCGUCAGCUGAAGCUUGGAAAAUCGUUACAAAGAAAGUGUUUCUAAUUUUUUUUCACUUAAGCUGACAUUUUAAGCGAGAAAAGUCCGUAUUUUGGAAAGCAUCUUUUUGCAAAACUAGAACUGAUUACGCGUGCAAAACUUCGUGGACAAGACUUUGCGACUUGUAAGAAUUUCUCUUUUAAUCAGUGCCAUACAAAGAGUUUUGCAGUUUUUUUCUCGGGAAAUUUAUUUUAUAAAAGCAAUAGAAAACUUUUCUCCUGUGUUUGCAUAGCCUGAUGUAAACACUCGAGGCGUUGGGAGAAUUUUCGACAGUUAUGCAAACCCUCGACUUCGUCUCGGGUUUGCAUAAUUGUCGAGAAUUCUCCCAACCCCUCUCGUGUUUAUAUCAGGCUAUGCAAACACGGAAAACGUUUCCUAUUGUUUUAACAGUAAGAAUUUAUAAUUAUAUAUGUUAAAUCAUUUUUGAAACUAAAUAUAUUUUUUUUAAAAAAAACUUAAUUCAAAACGUUUUUAUCUUAUGUUUAAAAUUUAAUCCCCGACACUUUCUCGAGUUGCAAUAGCCAAUAGUAGUACUAGUAAAGGUUCGAAAAGGGCAUCUCUCUAAGCAUGUCUUAAUUGUAGAAAAAAAUCUCUUAAGCAUUAAAUUUCAUUAAUACUUUAUUAUUUCCCUCGUUUACGUUUUAGUGAUGAAAGCAAGCUAUGGACGACAAAACUUUCUUUUCAAUGGUGCUGAAAAACCUGGCUUGGAAAACAAUAUAAAAAUUACUUUGCCAAUGUCCACAAGUACGAUUUGUCUUUAAAAUCUGUGAUUAGAAGUGCUUGUGUUUGUCUUUGAGCUCCAAGUCAUUUUCUUUUCUUGUUUUGCUUCCUUUUCAUCAUUAGACAAGGCUCACUUUUUCUCAGCAUUCUACAAGAAUUUGGACAAACUGAUUCAAAACAAUAUCAGUGAGAUUCAUACUAGGUAAGAGAUGUCUAGAUCCAUUUGGUCGCCUUCGUCCUUAUUCUUCACUUAUUCAUUCUGCCAAGGCUUACGAUACAGUAUGACAAUUUGUUGAGAAAUAUCGACGACAAAUCUACAAUCUGCUAGAAUCCGUGUCAUUCUGAAAAGACAGAAUUAUACCGAAUAUAGCAAUAAAAAGAGCCGUUAGCAAUGGUCCAUCUUGAUUUCGACUUAAGUUCAAGCUUAUAUAAUGUUUUUCUUAAGUAAUUUACAAUCAGCCCUCGGUCAAAUUUUUAUUUCCUCCGAGCUUUUCUCGUAAAAUGAUACCAUUUACGCAUUAGAAUUUGAAUUUGAAUUUGAAUUUAUUCAAGCAGUGACAGAAAAUAAUUAUGUAGCAAAAUUUUCAGAACUUUAUUUCUUUAAAAAAUUUUGUAAUCUUCCUUAAAUCACGUGAUUCUCGAAACAAGAUUGAACAAAAUUUACAAUAAUUACUUCUUUGAAAUUGCAGUGAAAGUAAUGUACUUCAAAGAACACCAUACCAUUUGAACAGUAAAAUCAUGUCAGGGUCUGUAUUUCGUCCUGGAAACAAGUCACUUGAAUACAACGUGACCAUACGGCUUGAACAUACACAGGUACAUUCAAGACAGUAAAAACUCUACUGCCGCAAAAUAUAUACUUCCUGAAUGGGGCCAGAUUAAAUGUUGGGUAUCGCAAGUCCCAUUAAGGGUCGUGGGGUUGAGGUCCCCUUGCUAAAAAAUACAUUUGUUCGACCUAAAUGUUUGGCUAGUUGUGGUUGUUCUGUACUAAUUAGAACGUUGUUUUCGCGUCCCUUUAGUCAUCAUUCACGAAUUAAAGGACUCAGGAUAAGUGCUUACACUUGGCACUCCUUGAAUUAGAACAACAUUAAUCAAUAAAGCAUUUCUGAAAAUAAUGCUUUGUCCUAUUUUUUCACAAAUUGAACAAGAUCAUUGCUUGAUAGGAGACCAUUUAAUCCCCUGCUUUUGAUUGAUGAAAUGUUUUAAUUGAAUUUAGCAAAAAAAUAGCUAAUAUGAAUUGUAGGGAUUUCACUUCUUAAGUUUAUGUUGGAACUGCUUGCUUGCGCCUUGCAGUUCAUGACAACAGACAAGAUGACAAUGGUGUGCGCGUUUUGGAGAUACGCAGACAGGUAAACGGACCUAACGUUCUACUUAAAUAUUUCUCUUAUCUCCUCUGUUUUCUCAAAAUGUACGUUAUGCGAAAAGUGUGCCACCCUUGAAAGGAAGAUUCCAAAUUUUCGUCAGGUCUCAAUAGCAUUCUAGGAGUAUGCUAAGUGUUAGUUAGCCAUCAUUUACUAUCGGCGAAAUUUCGAUCGAUCUCGAACGUGGGAGGUGUUUUUGGUAUCCAUCGCCGGACAAAGUAAAUAGAUACAGCCUAGAAUAUGAUCGUUUGGGCGAAUGUAGUCCCAAAUAGGGCUGUUAUCAAAAGUCAUUGAAUUAAGUUUCGACAAUCUGUUCAUUUAGUGAUCUUGAUAGUUAAAGUCAGUUGUAGCACGUCCGUUGAUGGUAGUAAAAACUCAAUACGGAAUCAAUGCACACCCACCCAGUAUACGAAAAGAAGGGAUCUUGGUGUAGGAGAAGAUUGAGAAGAAAAACUAAAAUGCGUCGAUGGUGGUGGUGAUGAAGAAAAGCAAAAUAAUUGUAAAAUAGUAAGGAUAGAAAAAAGAAAACAUCAAAUUCUUCCACUUUAAACUGUGAAUUAGAUUCCAUUCAAAAGGAGGGCCCAAUCAUUCCCCGCUAUACUACUCAUAAUGUAUUUGUAACGGGGUACCUACUCGUCAAUUUACAGUAUUCUCUAUGACACUGAUGCACAUCUUCUUUUUGGCCUCAGUAACUCAACAGGAUACUGGUCCACUGAAGGAUGCCACAAAGAAAAGCAGAUGUCAAGUGAUCGCGCUACUGUGUGCCAUUGUAAUCACCUGACUCACUUCGCUGUACUCAUGAGAGUCACUAAUGACAAGGAGGUACAAUUGACCCUUCCACGAUUUAGAAUGGAACUUUUAAAUCUAGCGAGCUUUUCUAUUGUUUGAUCCUACCAACAUAAAAGCCUUUGACAAAAAGGGAGUAAGAUUUUCAUGACUUCUACUUUUAAAGGUGGAUCAUCCUAGCGACGAGGGCCAUACACGAGCCUUAGAGAUCAUUACUUAUGUUGGCUGUAGCUUAUCAUUGCUGGGAGAGAUUCUUACAAUUGUCACCCUCAUCGGUCUAAAGUAAGUGCAGUUCAGUACUGAAUUUAAGCACGAUAUGAGAGGCUUAUGAAAAUCCUACUCGACAAAACAAAAACCAGCUCUGAGUGUUUGACAAGAACUUUGGAACAUGGUUAUAAUAUCAAAAACAGACGGACUAACAGAAUUGGUUGAGCAGAUUGAGAGAAGCUAUUAUCCUUAACACAAUCGAGAAAAGCACUUCCGUGGGUGAAACGUUAAAGGCGGUAACUGCUAAGUCAUUUUUGUGAAAAGUUCAAGAAAUUAAGAUCAGUGAGGAACUUUUUAAAUACCUCAUGUAGGUGGAUGCUUGAGCUAUUUGUAAUACUUUUAACCCUUUCACUGCCAGAGUGUUUGAUGGAGUUUUGUAAGGUGACUCUAACUUUUGAGUCUGUGGACGAAAUCCUAUGAUGUGACCAUUCAAAUGAACCCUGCCUGUACUUUCUCAUGGUGCUAUUUGUUUGUCAACAAUGAAAAUUGGAAAUUUGGUCGAAAUUUGCCUUUGGCCACAUUUGGCAUUGAAAGGGUUAAGCAUGCCAAGUACUAUGUAAACACUUCUCCUACCAUGCUUUAUGAUAUUUUUCUAGUGAAAGGUGGGAAUAUCAGGGUGCUUCUCUUAACUUAAGGUUCUUCUAAUUACAAUUGUUGCAACUUUUGCUGCAUACUACUAAUUUCAAAAACAUCUGAGACUAGCCAUUGGGGCCGACGAAUGAAUUAUAGAAAAGGAAAAAGGAAAGAAAGAGAAGAAGAAAUAGAGACGUUGAAGGUCGAGAACUCUUACCUCAUGUUACAAAAUUUUAGUACAGAAACCAUUGCGGAGUACCUACUUUUAAUUUACAGUAGGCCUUUUUAACGCCCCUCGUUUACCGUCUUAUUAGGCUGAUGAGAUCAGAGACAAGCAUCAUACAUCUUAACCUUGUUUCAGCUUUGGCAGUAACUCAGAUUAUUUUUCUCACUGGAAUUGAGGCCACACAAAACAAGGUAUUUCUCUUAGUGUGUGGAUAUUUUUAUUACGGCAGACAUAUUUCUUCGAAAUAAGGAAAGCUUGUUGUGCUAUUUGUAAGAAAAGAAGACGGUCUUUUGUUAGUUGCGCAUUCUUAAUUGCCUCAAGUGUGUCCUCUAAAGCAAAAGUGCGUGCUAACUUGGCGUGCUAAAUUGAUUAUUUGUUUCAAAGUGGAAGCGUGUGACGUGAGCGUGCCUGCACCUUAGCAUCAAAAUCCUGAGGAAGGUCACAAUAAGGGCCUGUUUAGAUAGAGGAGGGGGACCCCAGAUAGGUGAGGUAUCAUGUGACAGAUCACCCAACCUAUCAUGUAAACGUGUGAGCUGGGAUAGUUUUUCGCACGGAUUGAACCUUAAAUGAAUGAAACAGGAAAUUUGCAGUAGACGCUAUCUCUCACAAAAUCUCACUGGAAAUCAUUCUAUCUCUGUGCGUUACAACAGGCAGCCUGCAAGACUGUGGCAGUUUUUCUUCAUUACUUCAACCUUGUAUCAUUUACCUGGAUGUUAGUGGAAGGGAUCUGGUUAUAUCUUAUGAUAGUAAGAGUAUUUGAAAGCGGACAUAGCAGAAUGAAGAAAUACAGCGCCUCUGCUUGGGGUAAGUUAAGACGAUUCAUUCUUUUUUCAACAAUUUAACGGAGCGUCUGAGGCUAUGUUAAUUUACACAAUACUCCGGAUUCCCGACUGUCCGGUAUAGUAUGAACACCUAUCCAAUAUGUGACUCUCCAUUUUAGGCACCAGCGCAUUUUCGCUCCGUUUAGGGAAUCGCGCCAAAAUCACCAUUCUUAUGUGUGAACAGAGCCCUAUGCGGUAUGGUUUUUGUACCGGCGCCAAAGCUAUCCCGCGGUAUAGCGUGAACAUACCUUAAGCUUCGGUAGUUUGAUUUGAUAUUAUGUGUUGCAUGCUCACUUCCUGAGUUGCAUGCUAUAUUUCUCUAUCCAUGAUUUUGCAGGAAUUCCUUUUGUAUUUGUGGUUAUCACUUUUUCAGCAAGUUUUGACGGAUAUGGAACUGACAGAAGGUUUGCUUCACAUUUGAUAAUGAUUAAAAAGGCUCUUUUGAGGUUUUCUAGGAUGCGAAUUGACGAAAAGGAUUGCUUAACUAUUAGUACAGAAUGAUCACAAUCAUAGAAAUUCAAGGAAUGUUAAUGAUAAUUGAGGAAACGUUACAAAAUCAUAGCCCAAACAUCAUUGUUGUUGCCUACGGGAAACAUACCCUUUACAAGUUAGCCUUGUAAUUUCAAUUGAUUGGGUUUGCCCUUGUUAGAGCUAAGGCAACUGUGUACAAUUUAAUGUAAUUAUAACGUCAGUUGACGUCACAACGAUUUUACCUACUUGAAGAAUAAUUAUCGUAUAAUACCCAGACCUACGAUUUAUAAAAAUUUUCGUCAAAAUGGUUUAAAACAGUAAAGCAGCAAAGUAUUUGAUAAAAUUCAGAAAUUAACCCUUUGAUUGUCCUUAGCAACAGCAUUGACGCCACGAUUACGUCAUAAGUUGCCAUUUUUAGUUUAAUCUAUCCGUGAUAGAUCAUUUGGGUGGCGCUCGAUUUCAUCUCAGUGAUUGUUUAGAGAAUAAGACUGUAGAAAGAUGUUCCAGAAUCCAUUCUCUCUAUCGCCUAUUUUUUCUCAAACAAACAAUGAUUUUGUCUUGUGAUGUUUUCUUGUAGCUGUUGGUUGUCUGUACAGAAGGGCACAAUUUGGAGCUUUGUAGUACCGGUGUUGCUUAUUGCUGUGGUAAGGUCAAAGACUUGAGCUGCUAAAGCGGCAUCUCCUGAAAGCUGCAACAUACUGUCUAUUGUUCACCCCGUAGAAAUAGUGAGUCUAUCGUAUCUCUUUAGAAUCGGAAUUUGUUCCUGUGCGAUUCAUCGAGCAUGAGACCCAGCAAUCGGAAAACUUUACCUGAGUACGUUGUAAAAGACAUGCGCACUUAGUACAAUUUUUAUAUAUACUAACUAUUUAUGUUUUAUGUAUAAUGUGGUUUUUAAAUGAAGCAUAGAGUGUCAGCUAUAUCACUACUCGUAGUCGAUUAGGCAAAAUGUUUUCCAUGCUCGAAAACUCUAUUAAUGGAGCAGUUUUAUAUCCACUGCAAAUAGAUAAGAAGCAUAUUUGUUUUAUUUGUUGCUCUUGUUUGUUUUUUUACUUUAUAACAAAAGUCAUACUGAAGUCUUUUUGUUUUGUGUUGGAUUUUAGGCAAAUUCAAUUAUACUGGGGAUGGUUGUGAGGGAAAUACUAAGGCUAAAUCAUCCAACAACGAUAGAGGGGACUAAAUACCAGUCAGCAAGGUAAGCCAGCAACUAUACAACGAAUUGGCUCACUUUUAAGAACUGUGAUCUCAGAGACGAAUAAACCGCCAUUGAAAGAAAUAAAAAAGAUUUCAAUACUCUUUCUGUCAUUGUUUUUAAUUUCUUCUUCGCAACGUGAACGUUUUGAUUUAGCUCUAUCACACUAAAAGUCAAUCCUGACUUUGAAUUAGAACGCAUAAAAUAUAAUCGCCAAAGAUGCAUUCUUCAUAAAAAAAUAACAAUCUGCGACUUAUGUUAACAACAUUAAACCUCAAUCACUGAACUUGAAUCUCUUGGAUAUUGCUUUUUUUCUUGGAUGGAUAAAUUUAUUUGAUCAACUUGGUCUUUGUCUAUAACGUGACAGGUCAGGUGUUCAAUCCGCCAUUGUUCUAUUGCCAUUACUGGGCAUCACGUGGAUAUUUGGAGUAUUGACGUUCAACAGUGAAACGCUUGCAUUCCAGUAUCUAUUCGCCAUAUUCAACUCUCUACAGGUUCGUAUACGUCAUGCACAAUGGUAGUCAUUACCGUUAUCUUUUCGUUACGUAAAAACCCUGUACUUAUGCUUUAUCUAUCCGUCGGUUCCAGUCGGAAAGCUGUUCGGCCUUCUUUUUCAUAGAUGUAUUUUGAAACUAAUUUUACUACUGUCAGAAGAGAAGGACAUGGUUCUCACCGAUCGUUAGAUGAACAGGUAGUAGUUGAAAUAGAAUGUAGAAUGUAGUCCGUAGAAGUGAGCUAACCACAUAGGAAAUACAUAAAAACUAUUAUGUUACCAAUAUGUACCAAUGUCCACAGCCUGGGGACAGCCUCUCUAUGUAAACUGUGGCUCAAAGGGUAUGGUUUUGACCCUUUUUUGGGCAGUUAAGACCUCAAACAGGGCUAGACCCAAACGGUUAAAACAUUAGCAGAAGUUUGUGCCUUGUCAAAUCUGCAAUUCAGGGUGUUUUGUAGCAUUUGUUACUUAAGCGUUUAGGUCUGAAAUAUAUGUGGGAUAAAACUCACGUAUUUUGGUUUAGAUAAAAUGGUCUCAGAAACCUUACGGGACAUCCAACCAAAGUUUCAAUAAAGAAAGUUCAUACAAGGAAUUUGAUGACGAAAAAAAAUUCCUUUGCCUCGAAAAUCCCGCCCCCCCUUAACCUUUCUAAUGGUCCGUCCCUUAAUAUAACAGGAACUCUGUCGAUAACAUCCGUUUCAUGGCUUGAGUGACUCUUGCAUACACAAUUGCCUGUACUAUUUUUGAAGCAUAGAUUUUUUUUUCUUACAGGGGUUCUUUAUCUUCCUCUUUCAUUGCCUUCUGAAUUCAGAGGUUAGUAAUGCCAGUUUACUUCUUAGGACAUAGUUAUUAGAGGAGACUGGUUAUGAAAAGCGGCAAACAUCAAUGAUAAAAACAACAGUGCUGCAGUUUAUGUUCAAAGCACCGUGAAAGUGCACAAUCCUUUGUUUUCUGUCGGCAAAUUGUUACGGAAUAAAUUAAUGCAACGUUUUUAUUGGUCAAUACAAUCAAAAUGAUAGGAAUUCUUUUGAACGUUGUGCACUUUCAGGUCCACAAAAACAUAUAACAAAGGCGUCUGACGGGUUUCAUAACCAUUCCACUCAAUUAACCAUGCUUAGGAUAAGGAAGGAAGGAAGGUUAAUAACGCAACAAGUGUAAGUGUAUAGUCAUCCUAGAGCUUUUUCUAUAGUCUGCUAUGGACGGUACGAAUCGAAACCCACUUUUGGGCAGUAUUUCGAGUUGAAUACAUUAUGAUUAUAUAUAUGACGAUUAAACUCAAUUGCAUCAUGUUUUUAUUUGAAAUGCAAAAUAUAAGAAUUUUUGAGGUAAAACGUGCAUGACAAUGUUAAAACUAGGAAAAUAAAUGGGUGACUACCACCCUUAUACGCGACAAGUCCUUUCAAGGGCAACAACCUAACCAAGAAAUGCAAACUGAAAUCAGUUUCUCCAAUCAAAGUGCCAUCUUUAGAUGAAUCGUCUUUUUCAGGAGUGUUUCUUAGUGUUGCAGAAACUAUUCCUAGUUCGCAAGUUUUUUUCUGUGAUAUUCAUAGUCCUUUCAAUCUUUCGGUAUUACAACAUCUAGAGAUCUUACUCGUCCGCAACACCAAAGAAACUACUUCAAGCGAUAAUCAAACCUUGGAUUGCAGUAAUAUUGCAUUUUGUGUGGUCCCAUAAGUUGAACAUUACAAAAAACAGUUUUUCAGAGCAAAAAACGUUACCAGUUGCAUAUAUAUGUAUAGGCCUUAUUCUGACAGUCCCUAGAUUUCGCGAUCUCAUUGGUCAUUGGUCACGUUUAAAGUUGCAUUUUAAAGUGUUGUACAUGGCCACGCAUUUAGUGAAUAACAACUGAAAGCCAACUAUUGACUAUAGUAUUACACCUAGAAAUAGCUUUGUAUUGAUCCUAAAUAUGCUAUAUCUCUUCCUAGGUGCGAAGGGUCUUCCACAGAAAAAAGAAGAUUUGGUCAGAGUCACGUGACCUAUUCAACACACAUUCAUUGUCUCCGCAAAACUACAAUGACCUGUCCAAGGAUACGCUUUCCACGAGAAAUGGCAGCCUGGUGAGUACUUAAACCCUACUUCCGGGAGGCUUCAAACUCUCGGCGUCACCUCGCUGCAGUUCGCUGUUUCAACCAACUUUUCAUGGGCCGCGAGCGGUCGUCCGUCUUUCCUCAGAGCCUAAAAAUGAAAAAAGGUUGAGAGACUGGUCGCAGUCUAAACUUCCCCAGUGUUUAAAUUUCCCACAAAACACCCUUUAUCGUGCUUGAUAUACAGUUGAUAAAGAGAAUAAAGGGAUAUAUAAUGAAUCAACAAUAAGAGGACACAGAAAAAAUCUGAGCCCCAGAUGGGCUUCGAACCCACGACCCUCCAGGGUCAUAUAAUAUCAGUGGCAUAGAUAUACAGUUGAAUCUAGAUAUAAUGAGGGGCCGAGGGACUCGAAAAUUUUGUUCGCUGUAAGAGAGGUCCUUUUCCACAGAAUUUUUUAUUACUGGCCAGGGGAUAAAGAAAAUCGUUCUUUGAACCGAGGACCUCGUUAUAUAGAGGUUUGUUAUAUCAAGGUUCCACUAUAUUACAUCCGCCGUUUAUGCAGGGUUACACUCCAACUAUGUAUCCCAUCUCAGAAACCCUCAGAACCGUGUUGCUAUAAAUUUUCAAACAGCCUAUUGCAAGCAAAAAUUGAAUAUUGCACUUUCACGGCUAAGCGCGAUAAUACGCCUCUUACACUGCGAAUGCCUAUGACCUUGGACUCUUCAGCAGUUAGUAAAUGCUGAUGGCACUAGAAACAGAGCGGAACAUGCAAGGAUUGAUAGAAAGGAUGAAAGGGAGUCAAAUCAGAAUCGUAUUGUCAACAAAAUGGAGACCAGAAUGAUUGGAAAUUCUUUCUCAUUUACUAUUUGCACAUCUACAGUAAUGUACCUUGUUUGCCUCCCAACAUCUGGCAUAACCUUUAGUUGCUUUUUAAUUGUUCCUGGGUAUUAAGGUGUCCCAACAGAAACUGAAGACAGCGUUAUGCAAAAGUUUGGGGCCAAACAAGGUGUAUUAUGGGAGAUGCCAAAUGACGAAUUAGCCUAGCCUCCUCUACGUCUUUAUAAUCCAGUGCUAAUGGCAGAAUAAAAUUUUAUCUUUCAUCUGAAAAAGGUGUCCAUCUGUUCAUGUAAGUAGUGAGACAGUUUGGCCAUAUAGAGUUGUUUAGUGUUUUGCGGUCGCGUUUUUCAAGAAAUCUAAAUAUACAUGUUUGCAAAGGCUUAAAAUGUUGUAUUUAUUUGUUGUUGUUUUCUUAUAGAGGCCUGGAUCAAGCAGAUCUGCUAUGUCCAAUCCAUCACAGAAGCCAUUGUGAUGAUAACAGUCCCACUGUCAUCAAUCCACUCACGUGACUGUUUUAAUCAAAUCAGAAAACUUGAUAUACAAAAUUUGUCUGAAAGUAUUUAA